AUGGCGGAAGCCGCGCAAGCUGGUGGUUCGGAACUUGUAGCAUGGAUCGUCGCGGCACCAAUUGUAUCAAUGGUACUAUGCACCGGAGGGGUCGCUGCCCGAUUAUUCACGCGAGUCAGGUUCGCAAAUCAAGAGUUGUUCCUUGAGGAUUGGUUGGUUAUUGGGCCGGCGUAUAUCUGUAUUAUGGGAGUAGCCGUUACUAUGAUUGUUGCUACAAGCUACGGUCUCGGAUGGCAUACAGACCAUGGGAUUAGCCCUGCCGAUGUGGAGAAAACAAUGAAGACGAUAUACGCCAUCCAGAUACCAUUAUUUAUCGCCGUCGGUGCCAUCCGCACAUCCCUCCUCCUCUUCAUUCAACGACUUUCAUAUGCAUGUUCCUGGUCCAUCUAUUUAAUUACAACCGGACUUAUUCCUAUCAACAUAAUACAUGUUCUUAUCGCUAUAUUCGUAUCAAUUUUUCGGUGCAACCCGAUCAGAAGCACAUGGGACUUUGAUUCCAUAUCAUAUACAUGCAUACCCCGAGCCGUCACCUAUACGUUAAUAACGAUCGGACUGGUAGUCGAUAUUGCGAUAUUCCUAUUGCCGGCGAUAUUGGUGAUUCGAUUGGAUAUCAAGAGGAAGAAAAAAUUGCAGAGCAUUGUUAUGUUCGCAUUAGGUGGAGGUGGAUGUAUUGUCGAAGGGUUACGUUUUGGUCAAAUACGUGAGGCGGAAACCAGCAGUGAUAUCACAUAUACAUCAGGUGUCAUCAUGAUUUUCAUAUUUUUUCAGGUAAUAUUAGGUAUGCUUUGUUGUUGUGCACCAGCUAUAAAGGUAUUUGCAGCUAGCACCUUCGCCUCGAAAUUCAAAUGCACCAAGUACUUCAUAUCAGAGUCAACCGAGGAUGUACGCGAGACGGAUCCUACCCGAGAUCCUCCUAGUGUUGCGAGGAACCCUGAAGAGAGAGACUUGGAAAGCGCCCCCGAGUCGUUUUACGAAGAGGCGUCGAUCUCCGAGGCUAUGGGAUGGGAACCAUCCACAGAAGGGAUAGAGAUGGAAAUACAGGAUUCCGAUGCGGCAAGAGAUAAGCAAGAUAAAAGCGGAACAGUAGUUAAGGAGAGGAAGAUUUUAAAUCUAAAAGAAGUCCUAGAAUUGGAUUCUCAGAAGAGAGCAGCAUUAGAGGUACCGCCAGGCAGUGAGGGGCUUGGAAGUGCGAGGAGCGGGAGUAGUGGUCGCACAGAUGAGUUCCAAGCUACACCAGUAGAGUGGGGACGACAGUUAUGA